AAAAAAACCACAUUCCUAGGAACCAUGUACAAUGCCCCACAAGUUGAAAUACAGUCAGAUGCAUUGCAGAUUUGCUUUGAACUUGCAAAAGAAAUCUCUGACAGGAAUCCCAAUACUGUGUGGUUAAGGAUUGGACAGAAUUCUUUUAAUCUCCAUGUUGCCAAUGGCUCAAUGAUUGACAAAGAGCACGAUUUAAAGCUAGUGCAGGAAAAGAAUAGACCCACUUGCUAUAAACUAUUUUACGGUCAAAACGAACCGUUCAAUUUGGUAUUUCCUAGCGCUCACUUUGUGCUAGGAGUCGACAAACAUUUGAACCUGACACGCAUUUGUGGUCUGCCAAAUAUGUUUGUGCUUGGAACCAGUAACGGAGAUUUGAUCAAAUUUGGUAACCCCAUUCCCUUUAAUAUCAGCAAGUUUGUGCUGAAGGAAAACGCCCACUACGCUGAUGUGACGCAUGUGCUGAGCUUUUCAAGUGGCUCGGUUCUACUCACUAUUGGAAUAGAUAUGCAAAUCAAAAUAUGGAAAAAUGAUUCAAAGGACCUUGAUUUUGGAAGUCCGAUUAGGAUACUGAAGGGAAUUCAUCAAGGGAGAAUUACAGACUGUGUAAUGAUUGGGCGAGGGAGAAACAUCGUUAGUUGUGGAUUGGAUGGACAAAUCGUUUUUUGGGAAUUAGGUAGCGGAGAAGCAGUUUGGAAAGGCCGUCGAAUACGUGACCUACAUGAUGGCUGCACCUCUUUAUGCAUUAGCAAAAUAACUAGUGAGGAGACACAUGUCAAUUCAGAAAUGUUUUUCGAAUGUGAUGGGAAAGUUUUGUGGUCCGGACACGUUAGUGGAACUGUGUCAGUAUGGGACUGUUCGACCAGACUAAGUUUAGGAGAAUUUCCUACCAAUCAAGAUGGAUAUCAGGUCCAACAGAUUGAGGCUUUGGAGACUAUGAACGGUGUUAUUAUAGGGCUGAAUAAUGGUAAUGUAAUUUUGUUUACAUAUGAUUUCAAUCAGAGGAAAGCUAUUAAAGUAUGGGAGGUUAAUGUGGAAAAACCUGAAAAUGAGGAUGGUACUAUCGAUAUCAAAAAGAUUAGGGCUCAUAAAAGUCUGAUUCUUGUAUUAACUGAUAACUAUCUUGCCUGCCUUGAUCUUAAAACUGGACAUUUGAUUAGUUCGUUUGUUGGCUAUGAUGACUCGGUCAAUGAUUUUUAUGUUAGCGACAUGGGAAAUACAAGCAAGGUGGUUGUUGCUGGUAAAAGAGGUUUCCUGUCUAUGUUCAAGCUUUAAGGAGUCCAUUCUACAGAACAAAAAUUUUUUUUAGUUGAAAGUAAUGUUUACUAAAGAAAGUUAUAUAUUUCUUUUACUGAAUGCAUAUACAUAUAUUGUACAGAUAUUAAGAAAAGGUGGAAAUUAAU